AUGGGCCGCAAAACAUGGGAUAGUAUUCCGUCCCGUUUCCGACCUCUUAAAGAUCGACGCAAUGUCAUCAUCUCACGCAACCUUCCGCCGACCUCCUCCUCCGAACCGUCCUCCCCCGCCACGGUGAACUCCAUAUCCGAAGCUCUAGAUUCAACGUCACAAUCAUUAAAUGAGGGAACACAAGGCAGGGUGUUCGUAAUUGGCGGAGCCCAGAUAUACGCGGCUGCGCUACAACGGCCGGAAACGAAGAGAAUCCUGUUGACCCGAAUUUUGAGUGAUUUUGAAUGCGAUGCGUUCUUCCCAGUGAUUUUAGGAGAGAAUGGCAAGGCUGAGGGAUGGAGGAAGAGCGGGAGUGAGGAAUUUGAUAAAUGGACUGGCGAAGCGCUGUCCGGAAAGGUGCAGGAGGAGGCGGGGACGAAAUAUGUUUUUGAGAUGUGGGAAAGAGCGGAUUAA